GGAAAUCACAGCAUCGAUACGAUACACCGCGGCAGCGACGUGGCAAGCUUGCCGUUCGUUCCGCUCCCACCAGGUUGACUGUGGAGGCAGAACACCCGUGGCCGCUCGGCGGUUCUGCUUUGCCUUCUCCCCUUCCUCUUUUCUUUUGCUUGGUUUGCCGUGCGCAGUUGCUUUCAAUAGAGGGUUUUAUUUGUCCAAAAACCACGCGCAAACACACGGAUAUGAAGUCUGCAUUUUUGAUAGGAAGCAUCGGGGCUGCCCUCGGCUGGUCGUACGUCCGGCACAUCCAACUUCCGAUGGGGCCGUCGCGGUUGUUGUGGGGCGGCGUCGUCUUCGGCCACCGCGGCUGCCGCAACGUCGACGGCACGCCUGAAAACACGCUGGCCGCCUUCAAGUACGCGGCGGAGCGGGGCUGCGGUGGGAUUGAAUGCGACGCCCGCCUCACCAAGGACAACGAGGUGGUCAUCUUCCACGACACCGCUGCCCACGGCCUGCUGCGGGAGGUGCCGUUCGACCGCCGCAUCGACGAGCUGACGCUGUUCGAGCUUCGCGAGUGCACCUACACGGCAGACCCCACGCAGGCGAUACGCGUGCCGACGCUGGAGGAGACGAUCCUCUUCUGUCGCGACAACAACCUGCGCCUGCUGAUUGAAAUGAAGGAUCUAAAACGGGCGUACCUGUGCACGGACAAGGUGCUCGACCUCUACCGUCGCUACCCCGACUACAUGUACGACCAAACCACCCUCAUCUCCUUCCACCCCGGCGCUCUCUACCACGCCCGCAAGCGCGAUAAGAAGGUGGCGGUGUGUCAGCUCUACUCCGACAACCUGGUACAGUUGUGGAUCGCCGCCAACACGGACGCGGUGCCGCCGCUGCUACGUCUCUGCCCAGCGCUGUGGGACCGCCUUCUCCUGUUUGUUCAAGCGAAGAUAAUGCCGUGGGUGGCUGGCUGCUCGAUGGUGGGACCGCGCUACGACUUGUUUGACGAGGCGAGCCGCAAGCGGUGGAUGACGCGGAAUAUCUGCAUGUACCUGUGGGGCUUCACACGGCGCGAGGACUGCACGCCGGAGAUGCGGCAGCCGGGCGUGUGUGUCUCGGGCGAUGACCACCAGGAGGACUUCGCCACGCCUCGACCACCGCCAGACUUCGACAUCUUCGGCGAUCGUCAGCGCGAGUUAGAACGGCAGCAGGAGGAGGCCUACAGGCGGUUGCGAAUUGGCAAGUAA